AGCUGGGGUAAGGAGUUCAAGGCAGCGCCCACACCCGGGGGCUCUCCGCGCCCAGAUCGCCUUGCGCUGACCCCCUCCUUUCCAGUCCUCCCUCCCACUCUUUCACCCACCCACCCAGAGCCGGGACAGCAGCCCAGGAACCCCGGGUCCCGCCGCCUCCUCGCUGAAGCCCGGACUUCCUCCUCCUGCUGGGGCCGGCUCUUCCACGUGUGCCCCCCACCCCCCAAGCCGGCGUCCCGCACGCGCUCUACUUGGAACCCGGGUGCUUUCAGCAUCCCGAUCGGCGGAGGGGCCGAGGCCCGGGCAGCCUCCCCACCAACUUAGGCUCGGCCGAGUCCAGUGGCCAAGCGUCCGCCGGGUCGGAGGAGCCGCAGGCUGCCGGGGUCUGAGCCGCAGCUAAUGGGCUCCGACGUGCGGGACCUGAACGCGCUGCUGCCCGCCGUACCCUCCCUGGGGGGCGGCGGUGGCUGCGCCCUGCCAGUAAGCGGCGCGGCUCAAUGGGCUCCGGUGCUGGACUUCGCGCCCCCGGGCGCUUCGGCUUACGGUUCCUUGGGUGGUCCGGCCCCGCCGUCGGCCCCGCCGCCUCCGCCGCCCCCGCCGCCGCCCCACUCCUUCAUCAAACAGGAGCCCAGCUGGGGCGGCGCGGAGCCGCACGAGGAGCAAUGCUUGAGCGCCUUCACCGUGCACUUCUCCGGGCAGUUCACCGGCACCGCCGGAGCCUGCCGCUACGGGCCCUUCGGUCCUCCCCCGCCGAGCCAGGCGUCCUCGGGCCAGGCUAGGAUGUUCCCCAAUGCGCCCUACCUGCCCAGCUGCCUGGAGAGCCAGCCCGCCAUUCGCAACCAGGGAUACAGCACGGUCACCUUUGACGGGACACCCAGCUAUGGUCACACCGCUUCACACCACGCUGCGCAGUUCCCCAACCAUUCCUUCAAGCACGAGGACCCCAUGGGCCAGCAAGGCUCGCUGGGCGAGCAACAGUACUCGGUGCCGCCCCCGGUCUACGGCUGUCACACGCCCACCGACAGCUGCACGGGCAGCCAGGCUCUGCUGCUGAGGACGCCCUACAGCAGUGACAACUUGUACCAAAUGACUUCCCAGCUGGAAUGCAUGACCUGGAAUCAGAUGAACCUUGGAGCCACCUUAAAGGGAGUUGCUGCUGGGAGCUCCAGCUCAGUGAAAUGGACAGAAGGGCAGAGCAACCAUGGCACAGGGUACGAGAGCGAGAGCCACACCACACCUAUCCUCUGUGGGGCUCAGUACAGAAUACAUACCCAUGGCGUGUUCCGAGGCAUUCAGGAUGUGCGGCGUGUGCCUGGAGUAGCCCCAACUCUUGUCCGGUCAGCAUCUGAAACCAGUGAGAAACGCCCCUUCAUGUGUGCUUAUCCGGGCUGCAAUAAGAGAUAUUUUAAGCUGUCCCACCUACAGAUGCACAGCCGGAAGCACACUGGUGAGAAACCCUACCAGUGUGACUUCAAGGACUGUGAGCGAAGGUUUUCUCGUUCAGACCAGCUCAAAAGACAUCAAAGGAGACAUACAGGUGUGAAACCAUUCCAGUGUAAAACUUGUCAGCGAAAGUUCUCCCGGUCCGACCACCUGAAGACCCACACCAGGACUCAUACAGGUGAGAAGCCCUUCAGCUGUCGGUGGCCCAGUUGUCAGAAAAAGUUUGCCCGGUCAGAUGAAUUAGUCCGUCAUCACAACAUGCACCAGAGAAACAUGACCAAACUCCAGCUGGCACUUUGAAGGGCAUAACUUGGGGACAGUUUGGUGUCCCAGGCAGGACUGUGUGUGAACUACUUUCAAAUCUGGUCUUUGAAGAAAGUGGCCCUUGACCUUCACCCAACUUCCAAGACAAGACACGACCGAUACCACUGGAUUCUACCAGGUUUGCCUAGAGGAGUUGGUCUCUGAUUUGCCAACUUGUAAUUGACUCACAGGCCUGGAAAAGUGGCUGACAAGUGUCUGGUUAGUUACCAGCCCACGGUCCUUGGGUUUGGAUUCUCCAUUGUAAGAAAAAAAACAAAGAAAACAUUGUUAAUAAGGUCCCCUUAACUUCCUCUUCUUCCUUUAUACUCAUUUUUACUAGAAAUGAAGUGAUGGCGCAAUUGCCAUCACAGGAUAUUUAUAGGUAGAAGAUGUGCAUGUGCGUCUGCUAACGUAAACUUUGUCAUGGUUGCCAUUUACUAACGGCUCUGGUAAGAAAUCAGAGAGGGAGGCAUUGAGGGGACGUCUCAUCUAACAUUGAAGUGGGCUGCUAACCUGGAAGGCAGGAUGUGACAUUCAACACUCAAAAGUCAUGCAUUUCAAAUCACUGAACAAAGAAUUGGAACUAACCAGUACCUCUGUAUAGAAAUCGAGAAGAAUCUUACUGUUUUGUUAAUUCAGUGUUAAUAUUAACAUGAUGCUCUUAAGAAACUGUGUUUGAAGACCUGAGAUUUUUGUGGGUUUGAUUUUUUUUUGACUUGUAAUUAGGCGCAUCUUUCUU